AUGGCUGGUAAGUUUAUCUGUGAACAUGUGAGAAAAGGAAACAAAAAAAAAGCUUUAAAAAUAGAAUUCAGAACAGAAGCAGCGAGAGUUGAAAUUCUCUCGGCGCUGUCUCUCGAAUAUUUCACGGUUCGUUCGAGCAACUUGAAAAUCCAGGUCAAAGCUUGUUUUUUUUUGCCAUCGUCGUUCGUCGAUGCUGUUAACGCCGAAACAAUAGCAGCGUUGUGA